UGAACCCCAUGUUGAAUUUUCAGUUGAAUGUAUGUGAUCAGUGUUGUGUUAAUGGUGUUAUAUGCUUAUGGAGUUCAAUUUUGUUUUCUAUAUUUAUUUAUUUAUGUUGUGUUUGUAUGAUUGAAUUUGCUUUAAAUGAACUUGUAGGCUUUUGAAGUUUGGAUAUUUAAGGUUCAUAUUCUUACCUUUUAUCUGAACCCCAUGUUGGAAAUUCAGCCUUAGGGUGUGUUUGGUAUGAAGAAAAAUGUUUUCCAAAACAUUUUGACCAACCAAACACACCCUUAGUUUCAGUUGAAUCUUGAGUUUACUUUGUCUAUGUAUGCAUGUGAUCAAUCUUGUUAAAAUGGUGUUAUAUGCUUAUGGAGUUCAAUUUUGUUUUCUCUUUUUGUACUAAUGUUGUGUUUGUAUGAUUUGAAUAUGCUUUAACUGAACUUGUAGGCUUUUGAAAGUUUGGAUAUUUAAGGUUCAUAUUUUAUCUGAACCCCAUGUGGAAUUUCAGCCUUACGGUGUGUUUGGUAUGAAGAAAAAUGUUUUCCAAAACAUUUUGACCAACCAAACACACCCUUAGUUUCAGUUGAAUCUUGAGUUUACUUUGUCUAUAUAUGCAUGUGAUCAAUCUUGUUGAAAUGGUGUUAUAUGCUUAUGGAGUUCAAUUUUCUUUUCUUUUUUUGUACUUAUGUUGUUGUUUGUAUGAUUUGAAUUUGCUUUAAUCGAACUUGUAGGCUUUUGAAAGUUUGGAUUUUUAAGGUUCAUAUUUUAUCUGAACCCCAUGUGGAAGUUCAGCCUUAGGGUGUGUUUGGUAUGAAGGAAAAUGUUUUUUCAAAACAUUUUGACCAACCAAACAUGGGAAAAUUGGAAAACAUUGGAAAAUAUUUUUUCCUCCAUACCAAACGCACCCUUAGUUUCAGUUGAAUCUUGAGUUUACUUUGUCUAUGUAUGCAUGUAUUCAAUCUUGUUAAAAUGGUGUUAUAUGCUUAUGGAGUUCAAUUUUGUUUUCUUCUUUUAUUUAUGUUGUGUUUGUAUGAUUUGAGUUUGCUUUAAUUGAACUGGGUUUUUGAUAAUUUUCAGAAAAGUUUGCAACUUUUUGUUGUAGGCUUUUGAAGUUUGGAUUUUAAGGUUCAGUUUCUUACCUUUUACAUGAACACCAUGUGGAUAUUUCAGCUUUAGUUUCAGUUGAAUGUAUGUGAUUAAUUGUGUUAUAUACUUAUGGAGUUCAAUUUUGUUUCCUUUUUGUACUGAUGUUGUGUUUGUAUGAUUUGAAUUUGCUAUAUUUGAAUUGGGUUUUUGAUAAUUUUCAGAAAAGUUUGCAACUUUUUGUUGUAGGCUUUUGAAGUUUAGAUUUUUAGGUUCAUAUUCUUAUCUUUUACAUGAACCCCAUGUGGAAUUUCAGCCUUAUUUUCAGUUGAAUCUUGAGUACUUUGUCAAUGUAUGUAUGUGAUCAAUCUUGUUAAAAUGGUGUUAUUUUGCUUAUGGAGACCCUUUUUUUUAAGCCUUAGUUUCAGUUGAAUCUUGAGUUCUGUUUCCUUUUGUGUGUAUGUGAUCAAUCCUGUAUAAAAUGGUGUUAUUUGUUUAUGGAGUCCUUUUUUUUUUCUUCUCUUUUUUGAUUUCUAUUGUGCUUUUAUGGUUUGAAUUUGCUUUAAUUGAACUAGGUUGUUGAUAAUUUUCAGAAAAGGUAGCAACUUUUUGAAUUUUGGAUUUAGUUUGUCCUUGGGGAGCUCGCUCAAGUUGAUUCUUUGGUUCCUCUUUGCUCAUUUCUUUUCUUUGGUUUUCAAUCUUUAGGCUAUAAAAAUGAUGAGUGGGUAAUAUUGUUUAAAGCGAAAAAGGCGUAUCUCCGGCUGUGUUGAUGGAGGUUGGUGCUAUGAAUCAAUUGAUUGGAAGCUGUCAUUGGCGUUGGUUUAGUUAUAAUUGUAGGUUUUUUCUUUUUUUUUGGUCAUUUGGGGCUAGGUUACUAGUUACCUUACUUGCUUAUGAGUUGUAUGCCAAUAAAAAAUGCAGAGAAGUAACGGAAGAAAAAGGGACCAAAUAGAGUGGACUACUUAGUAGUAGUUCUUGUUGUCGCACUACUUACCUUACUUAACAUGAUUUCCUUAUAUAUGUCUAGAAAUCUUUGUCUUUUAGAGCCUGUCUUAUCAAUAUAGCUGCCGUUUUCCUUGUUUCUAUGACUUUGAUGACUAACCUUCUAUUAGAAUAUUAUUCCUUUCUAAAAUGGAUUUUACAGUGGAAAAGAGUUUCGGGUCAUAUGUUUGUUUGCUCUAUUCUCACAUUAUGAGCAAACGGAGUUCAAGAAAAAAAGAUUUGGAGCUAAAAAUUCUAAGGCACUCGGUCAAUUCCCAGUUGAGGCAAGAAACAAUAGAUGUACGGCGUACAAGGUUGAGAACCAUCAUCUUAAAAUUCGUCUUUUAACUGAGCAGCACAACGUAGCGAGUCCAUACUGUUGUGCUAAUCGUAAAUUUAUUGAUUCAAUUUAUGGAACAAAAUGAACAUCCGCCGUGCAUUAUGUAUUCAAAGAUCUAGUGAAGCACAACACAGUAACAUGGGUGUCUCUGGAGCUAUGUCGACAUCUUUAUCCAUUUUGCCGUCAUUGGAAGAGAAGCAUCUGAAAGUUCCAGAUUCUCUUCAUGUGCUCACAGAAAAAGAGCAAACUAAGAGUGGAACAGUGGGGCAUCAAUUGUCUUCCACUUCUGGACCCCACAGAGAUUUUCACUUUUCUCCAACCUCUUCUCAAGAAAGUAGACGACAUAAUUACCCAUUUAUUUCAAGUGAAGCUUCUGCUGCAACCUGCCGAUCUUCACUCUCGUGUACACAUUCAACAUCAUUGGAUAAUUACCCCAUGGGGAACAACAAUAAUUCCUGGGGAAAAGAUGCAUAUCAUGACACUAUCGAUUUUCCUACGACUGUUCCUGUUCAGAAUGGCCAAGUCGAAAGCCUUGCAGCUAAGAGAUCUGAUUGGCAGGAGUGGGCUGAUCAGCUAAUUAAUGAUGAUGAUGUUUUGGGUUCGAGUUGGAGCGAUAUUCUUGUUGAUGUUAAUCCUCCAGAUUCAGAACCUAAGUUUCUGGGAGCAUCUGAAGUUCUUGCUUGUCAGCCCCAUACUCUUCCUCCUGCUCCACCUCUGGCUGCAUCGUCAGGGCAAAGUUGUCCAGUUGGUAGCCCGUCUUCUUCCACAGCACUAACAAAGCCUCGCAUGCGUUGGACACCUGAGCUUCACGAAGUCUUUGUAGAAGCUAUCAAAGCUACACCAAAGGGAGUCUUGAAGCUCAUGAACGUUGAAGGCCUAACCAUCUAUCAUGUCAAAAGCCACUUGCAGAAAUAUAGAACUGCCAGAUACAAACCAGAACCCGCGGAAGGAACACCGGAAAAGAAUCCCACUAGUGUGACAGAGAUGCCAUCUUUGGACCUAAAAACGACCAUGGGAAUAACAGAAGCACUAAGAUUGCAGAUGGAAGUCCAAAAGCAGCUUCAUGAACAACUUGAGAUCCAAAGAAAGUUGCAGUUGCGGAUCGAAGAACAGGGUAAAUACCUCGAAAUGAUGUUUGAGAAGACAAAGGACAUUGGGAAAGAUUUAAAAGUAUCAUCAUCAAAAACAGAUGGACUUCCUUCACCAUCAACCGAGACGAAGCAUUCGCCUCCUGAUAACAAAUCAGAAGCACUCGGGAAGGAUCCUGUUAGUUUGAACGAUCGUUCAAGUUCAGUAGGGAACUCACCGGACAAUAAAGCUUGUGAAGAUCAUGAUUCCGAUGGUAGAGACUCGUGUUCACCUCCAUCGAAACGAGCAAAAACUGAUGAAAAAUUAGCUCUUCAUGAAUCUUGACAGACUCAUUUGUAAUAUGUAUGUGAAUUGUCUUUGCGAAUGUUGUCGAUUUGAUGAAAGCUUCUAGCUUAAACAUAA